AUGCCCCACCUCAUGGUGUGCAACAGACAGAUCAGCUGGACUCUUACACUGGUGCUGGGGUAUCUCUUUUACCUCCUUCUGGGUGCUAUGGUGUUCCAGCUGCUGGAGAAACAGGCAGAGGCCCAGUCUCGGGAUCAAUUCCAGCUAGAGAAGCUCAAGUUUCUGGAGAACUACACAUGCUUGGAUAAGCAAGCCCUGGAGCAGUUUGUGCAGGUCAUCAUGGAAGCAUGGGAGAAAGGGGUCAACCCAGAAGGAAACUCUACCAACCCCAGCAACUGGGACUUCAGCAACUCUUUCUUUUUUGCUGGAACUGUUGUCACCACUAUAGGUUACGGUAACUUGGCCCCCAGUACAGUGGCUGGUCAGGUGUUCUGUGUGUUUUACGCCUUGUUUGGGGUGCCACUUAACCUAGCCUUUCUCAAUCAGCUGGGAAAAGGGCUCAACGCACACCUUAUCACUCUGGAGAGAUGGGUGCACAAACCAGGCCGAGCCCAGGUGGUGCAGACUCUGGCCAUAGCUCUCUUUUUGGUCACUGGGACCUUGCUUUUUCUAGUGUUCCCCCCAAUGAUUUUCAGUUAUGUUGAAGGCUGGAGUUAUGGAGAAGGCUUCUACUUCACCUUUAUCACCCUCAGCACCAUUGGAUUUGGGGACUAUGUAGUAGGCACAGAUCCCAACAAGCGCUACAUCUCAAUCUACAGGAGCUUGGCAGCCAUUUGGAUUGUUUUCAGCCUGGCUUGGCUUGCUCUCGUCUUUAAUCUGGGAGCUGUCCUGAUGGAGAAAUUCCUUCAACUAAAGUGGCCCAAAUCUGACGAAGGCACAGCAGAGGAAGCUGUAACCAAGCUGGAGGAUGAGUCUGCUCAACCUAGAAUCCACAUAUCCAGCUGA